AUGGUUGACGGUCGCCACAGCACGCGAAGAGCCGUGAAAGAGGGCCAGGCUUCGCUCGUCAGCAAAGCAGACGCCGAUGCAGCCGCGUCUCCGCCACGGAUCAAGAACGCUAAAUCGAGACAGUCGAGGAAGGUGAGCACGGCGGCUGGAGUCAGUAAGCCCACGAAACAGAACCGAAAAGUGUCUGUGGUGGCGAAGAGGAUUGCGAAUGCUAGUCAAGUCGACGAGCCGCCUCUGCCGACUACGAAUGUCUGCGCGACAUGGAGUCAUGGACCGGAUGGUGAUUUGUCUAUCAGCAAUUGGACGGCUAUAGUAUUGGAGAACGAAGAUACUCAACCUGAGUAUGAACCCACUUCAGCGUAUACCGGUCCUGCUGCUCCGGUGCGUGAACACCUGUCCGCCGAAGAAGUCGAACGCAUACGUGCGAGGGUCAAGGAUGAGCUCGCCGUAGACCGCAUCAGCCCUGUCCGCCACGACUUUACCCAAAAGCAAUCCAACAGCUCACUCGUGCUGCCAAAGCCUGUACAUCCAGAUCCCCCUCGACCUGGUAUUGCCCCUGUAUCGCCGUACUUGAGGGCCAUCGGAAGGACACCUUCGCCUCAGCCGCCCCCACGGCCCAUCAACAUACCGACGGUGCCACCACUUAGCCGGGAGGAAAUCUUCCAACCGCUAGAUGCUCCUGUACCACCGCCGAAUACCGCCAGACAGGACUACACGAAUACAGAUCAAGAUGACUUCGCCAGCCUCUUCGAAGAAGAACAUGUAAGCUCUCGUCCCACUACGACAGCAGCGCAAGCUCAUUGCACGGCACCUCAGCCCUCGCAACCUUCCGCACGACCUUCACUAGCAUUGCCAAAGCUGUCACCACAGCCUGAGAUCAGCGGCUACGCACCUUCCAUCCUGGGCGUGAGCAAACCACACAUCCAUUCCAAUCUCCCCGGCCUCGGCACAAAUAUCCCCUCACCAAGCUGGAAUUUCAACUCUCUAAACUCGUCGACAGGUAAGACCGAGAGGGAGGACUCGCCAACCGACCCAGCCUUCAUCCCGACAACUUUUGGGGACGACAACCAGGCCACAGAAGACUCAGCAGAACCCGAAGACGACCGCUCGCAUAUCGCGAUCGACGGCCAUAGCGAGCGGACAUCUACGACUCCCUACGAUCAUAACGAUACUGAUGACACAGACCACCACGGUAGCCUCCCGGCCGCACAGCUUAGCCCGACAAUAGUAGAAGACAUUGCCGCAAGCAUCACCAGACCCGGUCCCGAGCCAUCCGGCUCCCUCCGCAGCACAGAACCCAAGAGCGAUAACGACGAGUUCCGCGAGCGAGACGAAGGCGGAAGCCCGAUCAUCUAUUCUCCCUCCGACGAGGACGAGAUGAAUGAUGACGACCGCACCGCAGGCCCUUCCACAAGCACGACGACCGGAACAACGGCAACAAACACAGCGCCCCCCGGUCCACGAAUCGACCCCAGCACCCUCACAGGCCUGCAGGCAGUGAACUACGAGUACAGGCAGAAAGAUGAAGAUGGAAACACGAUUAUCGAUUCCGACGGCGGAAAUGUAGGUGAGAAUAUGGAUUUCGAGGAGGCGAGGGUGAGGGCGAGGGCGAGGGCGAGGGCGAGGGCGAGGGCGAGCGGGAGGGUUUGUGGGGUUGGUGGUGAGCAGGGUGGUGGAUGCACGACUGGACGAGGUGAUUGUCCGAAUGGACGAUCUGACCUGCAGGAGGAGUGGUUCGGUGGGGUGGAGGGGAGGGGAGAUGGGGAUUGA